GCGGGGCCGGAGGGGGCGGGGCCUUGCUCGGCCGCCAUGGGGCUCCUGACGAUCCUGAAGAAAAUGCGCGAGAAGGAGCGAGAGCUGCGGCUGCUCGUGCUCGGAUUGGACAAUGCCGGGAAGACGACGCUGCUGAAGCGGCUGAACGGGGAGGACGUGGGCGGCACCUCCCCCACCCUGGGCUUCAACAUCAAAACCCUGGAGCACCGCGGGUUCCAGCUGCACGUGUGGGACGUGGGCGGGCAGAGCUCCCUCCGCUCCUAUUGGCGCAAUUACUUCGAGAGCACGGACGGGCUGGUCUGGGUGGUGGACAGCAGUGACCACGAGCGGCUCCGGCUGUGUGCCAGGGAGCUGAGAGCCCUGCUCAGGGAGGAGCGCCUGGCCGGGGCCUCCCUGCUCGUGUUCGCCAACAAACAGGACCUGCCCGGGGCGCUGCCGGCCGCGGACAUCCGACAGGCCCUGGAGCUGGACUCCAUCCGCAGCCACCGCUGGCGCCUCCAGGGCUGCUCGGCCUUCACCGGGCGCGACCUCCUGCCCGGCCUGGACUGGCUGCUGGACGACAUCGGGGCCCGGCUCUGCCCCAUAGACUGACCACUGAGUGACCACUGAGUGACCACUGAGUGACCGCAGUGACCACAGUGACCACUGAGUGACCACUGAGUGACUGCAGUGACCACAGUGACCACCACACUGACCCUGAGUGACCACAGUGA